UUGUGAGUCCCGCGCGCUGGGCGUGCUGAGAACCUGGAACGGGUCUGGGUGGACGCUGCGGAGCUGCGCUGCGUCUGAGGAAGCCGGAGGCCGCGGCGGCCUGGCGGGAGCUCUUGGGGCGGCGCUGGGACGCCGGAGGUCUGGAAGGCACAGAAAUGGAGCAAGAGGCACAAAAUGGAGAACCUGCUGAAAUUAAGAUCAUCAAGGAAGCAUACAAAAAAGCCUUUUUAUUUGUUAAUAAAGGACUGAAUACAGAUGAAUUAGGUCAAAAGGAAGAAGCAAAGAACUACUAUAAGCAAGGAAUAGGACACCUGCUCAGAGGAAUCAGCAUUUCAUCAACAGACCCUGAGCACACAGGUCCUGGGUGGGAAUCUGCUAGGCAGAUGCAACAGAAAAUGAAAGAAACACUACAGAAUGUACGUACCAGGUUGGAAAUUCUAGAGAAGGGCCUUGCCACUUCUCUAAGGAAUGAUCUUCAGGAGGUGCCCAAGUUAUAUCCAGAAUUUCCACCUAAACAUACAUCUGAAAAGUCACUGGCGCCUCAGUCCUUUAGUUCACCUCCUCAGCCCACUGAGGUAAAUGGAAACACUUCAGCUACCAGUACAGGGUCAGUUCCUGCACCUAGUUCUCUAUCCUUACCAUCUCAAAGUCAUCCAGCAGAAGCACCUCCUGCUUAUACACCUCAAGCUGCUGAGGGUCACUAUACUGUAUCAUAUGGGACAGAAUCUGGGGAAUUUUCAUCAGUUGGAGAAGACUUCUACAGAAAUCAUUCUCAGCCACCUCCUCUUGAGACCUUAGGGCUUGAUGCAGAUGAGUUGAUUUUGAUACCAAAUGGAGUACAGAUUUUUUUUGUAAAUCCUGCAGGGGAAGUUAGUGCACCUUCAUAUCCUGGAUAUCUUCGAAUUGUGAGAUUCUUGGAUAAUUCUCUUGAUACAGUUCUAAACCGUCCUCCUGGGUUUCUUCAGGUUUGUGAUUGGUUGUACCCUCUAGUUCCUGAUAGAUCUCCAGUUCUCAAAUGUACUGUAGGAGCCUACAUGUUUCCUGAUACAAUGUUACAAGCGUCAGGAUGCUUUGUGGGGGUCGUCUUGUCUUCUGAAUUACCAGAAGAUGAUAGAGAACUCUUUGAAGAUCUGUUAAGACAAAUGUCUGACCUUCGGCUCCAGGCAAAUUGGAACCGGGCUGAAGGAGAAAAUGAAUUCCAAAUCCCUGGCAGAGCAAGAUGCCGCUCUGACCAACUAAGGGAAGCCAGUGUCUCUGAUGUGGGACAAUUGGAUCCUUCAUUGGACCAAGGUAGUAAGGAUAUACAUCAUAAAGGAAAACGGGGUAAGAAGGGGGCAGACUGUCAACUGAUCAACCAGUCGCUAUCACGUGCACUGACCACCAGGGGGAAGAUGCUCCAACUGGGUAAAGGUACUUCAAGUGAAGAAGUGAAUCUGAGUCACAUGGUACCCUAUGAGCCAGUUGCAGAAGAAAAAGCAAAGGAAUUACCUGAAUGGAGUGAGAAAGUGGCUCAAAACAUUUUGUCAGGUGCUUCCUGGGUAAGUUGGGGUUUAGUUAAAGGUGCUGAAUUUACUGGCAAAGCAAUCCAGAAAGGGGCUUCUAAACUCCGAGAACGGAUUCAACCAGAAGAAAAACCGGCGGAAGUUAGUCCAGCUGUGACCAGGGGACUUCAUAUAGCAAAGCAGGCUACAGGAGGAGCAGCGAAAGUCAGUCAGUUCCUGGUUGAUGGAGUUUGCACUGUAGCAAAUUGUGUUGGGAAGGAACUAGCUCCACAUGUCAAGAAGCAUGGAAGCAAACUUGUUCCAGAAUCACUUAAAAAAGACAGAAAUGGGAAGUCUCCCCUGGAUGGUGCUAUGGUCGUGGCAGCAAGUAGUGUUCAAGGAUUUUCAACUGUCUGGCAGGGAUUGGAAUGUGCUGCUAAAUGCAUUGUUAACAAUGUUUCAGCAGAAACAGUACAAACUGUCAGAUACAAAUUUAGGAACCUGAAGACCUGCAGGAACAAUGAAAAAUAUGGACAUACUGCAGGAGAAGCUACACAUGAUGCAGUAGAUUCUGCCAUCAAUGUUGGUGUAACUGCCUAUAAUAUUGACAACAUUGGCAUCAAAGCGAUGGUAAAGAAAACUGCUAAACAAACUGGACAUACAAUCCUUGAGGACUAUAAAAUAGUUGAUAUUUCAAAGGGGGGAAAUCAAGCAGGGGGAGCAAAUGUAAACAUGAAGGGGGAGAAGGAUGACCAGACAGAGGAACUGGAGAAGAAUGAAGCAAAGAAGAAAGAUAAAUGAUGGAUAUGCUAUGAUUCACCUAUACCAAAGCCUUACAAGAUGAAUGCAAUUGUGUUGAUAGGCAAAUGUGAAAUUCCCCAUGGAUUAACCAGUAGUUUUUAAAUGUAUUCAUUUCUACAGAGUGAGUGUUUAAUAAGUUUUAUGGCAUGUAUUCUACUUAUAAAGAAAAUAAUUGGUAUUCUUUCAUCUGGCCUUUAGAAAUAUAGUUAUAUUCUAUUAUACUUAUAGUUUAUUUUUUUCUAAAUGUGGCUAACAUAUUUUUGCAGUUAAAACUAAUAAUACAUGUGCCCUCAUUAAACCUAAUGUUAAACUGUUUCUGUAUUUUCUAUCUUUCAGAAAGCAAAGUAGGAUAUUAUUAUAUACUUACAUAAAAUUUGGCAUUUAGUAUAGUAACCUUAAUUUUAUUUGUACUGGGAAGGAAUGACUUAAAAUAUUGUUUUCUCUUUUUGCACUAAUUGUGUAUUUUUUUUAGGUAUUUGUCAGUAUUUCCAGUAUAUAAGCUAAACAAAAACUAUAUUUCUAAACUAAAAUAAUUCUCAGAUAACAUUUAAAAAGACUUUUUCAAAAUAGGGAAUAGACCAAUGAAAAACAAAAUAAGGUUUAUGAAAUUAUUUAGUAGCUUACUCUUCAUUAGGAAAUGAGAUGGUCUUUUAGACUUAAAAUGAAUACAGAUAGAUUAAUAAGUCUUCUGGAUUUCAACUUGUAUUGACCUAGUAAGAACCUGGGAAAUUUUGGGGUAUGAUUAGUAUUGCAUUAAAAUUUGCAGUGAUUAUUAAUCAGCUUAAUUGGACAAAAAAAUUCUUUAAGAAAUCACUUUGCCAUAUCUAUUUCUUUUAAGUUUUUCCAAAAGGCUAAACUUUUGUAAAAACAAAUAUAAACAGUAUUGAGUUUAUGGAUGAUAAAUAUAUUUUUAUUUUGGAAUUCAGUCAUUGGAAUUUUAUAUAUUAAAAAGCCAAUAAAUUAUUAGAAAAUGUUUUCAUAAUUAAUGUAAUGAAUGGGAAGACGUUAGGCUUAAUCUGUGGUGAGUGGGCAUCACAGUUUCUGCUUUGGCAGAAGACAGGAUAUUCACAGACCUAUAAACUACAGCUAUGUAGGUAAAUAUCUAAUAGCAUUUUAUUUUUGUUUAUUGAUUUUGAAAGAUUGCUGUUGGUUUUUAUAGCUAUCAGCCAUUCUAAUAUUUUUUAAACCUCUAAUGGCUACUUAAUUUAUUAGACUUUAUUUGAAACUGUCUAAAUAAUGCACUUUUUGAAUAAACUGUCCCUAAAUUACUUGGUCUUAAAUAUAUUCAUUGGUUUGUAUUUUGGGAACACAUAGAAUUGGUGGAGUCUUUCCCUAAGGCCGAGGAUUCUGUACUAGUUAAAAUGGAAAUAAAAUUGAAUUGGUAAAUAGCUUUCAGUCAGUCUCUGCCUUGUUUAAGAAAUGGAAUGACAAAUAGUGGAGCUUAAAGUUUAAAAAGUAACCUUAGACCAGAGAGGUCAGCAAAAUUGGAUUUGUCAGCAGGUAUCUAGAUGAUUGUUUUACUUCAUUACUGUUAAAUUGAUUGUGGGUUGUCUUUUCAGAGUAACAGCUAGACAAAAUUUGGAUAAGCACAGCUUCUAUAUUAGAGCUCAAAAGAAUAUAUAUGUAUAUAAAUAUAAUGAAAAAGGGGCCACAUACUAAACCUGACAAGCCCAGGAGCAGCUUACAUGGUGAGUAUUAUAAACUCAGAGACAGAAAGUAACCACAAAGGAUGGUCUGAACAUAAAAAUUCUUAACUAAAAGCAAGUCAUGGUGGAGAGUCAUGUCCUAGGCAAGUAUCUUCCUUGACAAAGGUCAGUCUUCACCUUCACUGAGCCUGUCUAUUGUCUUUUUGCAUCUAGGAUAACAUACCUUUGGAAUGGCAGAGUAAUCCCCUAUAUUCUAGAUCCCUCAGGGCACAGUUGCCCACCAUAACCUGAGACUACAGAACCCCUAAUUGUUAUCUUCUACCCCGAAUACCAUCUAUGUGCUGUAAAUGUGAAUUGUUAUCUACCCACCAAUGUAAAAGAAGUAUGUCUCUCUCCAUUUUACUUUUCAUCCAGUCCCAACGAUUUCCUUGCUUUGCUUUCUCCUGCCUCCCUAAUCUACUACCAGUGGAUUUCAUGUAACCCCUCUUAAUGUCUUCUCCUUGUAUUCUGAUGCAUUAAAUAAGCAGUAAAAUUGCCAUUCUCCAGAGCAUUUUCUCAAUCCAUUGAGAUUUUUUUUCCUGCAAUUGUCAUCAGUUGGCUCAAAUAAACUCAAAAUUUAUCUA